UCCCGAGCGCUGCUGCGAGGCGCUGAGGGGGCAGCCCUGCGGGGAGUCUCUUUGCUGGAACGGGGAUGAAAAGGCUGUGUUUGGGCGGAGGGGUGGCGUUUUCGUCAGGUCUGUUCUGAAGAGGUGGUCUCUACAGCGGGUAUUGUAAGAAUUUUUUGAAGAGGUCAAUCUCGCGUAGUGAUUUCGUAACUUAGUUGGCAGAACGGAUUGGUGCUUGCUUCCUGGCAAGUGCCGGGAUGCUAAUUCUGAAGAUUUUAUAUACUGAGGAUUUAAGACCAUCCUUAUCAUUACAGCCUAUUGCAUGCAAUUGACUAAACGUGACCGUGCAUGGCAAGCCAGCAAGUCUCAUUCCCACAGUAAACAACAUCUGUCCUUUCAUCUCAAGCAUGCUUUUAAAUUCCAACUCAUUGUUACAGUAGUAUGGGAAAAUAUUGUUGUGUCUAGGUUGCAACAGGGGAAAGAGAGCCUAGGGUUCACCGUUGUAGAAGCACACGGGACUGAGGGGUGGUCCUAAGAAAUGCUGAGUAGCUCCUGCUGCCAGCCAGAGUUAGAAGUCGGGCGUGAUUAUUUACAGCCAUAAAAUGAAGCAACCAAACCAAGCAGUUAGCUUCUGGAAGGAGUUUCAGUGAGCUCUCCAGCCUCGCUAAAUAAGUCAGUGGUAAAACUGGAACUCAAAUUUGGGAAGUGUGUGUGGAUGUACUGGGAGCGGUAUCCACACAAAUUGGCAAUUCUGCAUUUUUAAGAAGUAAGUUUAUAUAAACAAAUGACGGAAUUUCACAUGGAUUCAGUUAUCAAAUACAAGCUCUUGCCCUCCAGACUUUUAUAGCACCACUCCCAAAUCAAAAAUAAAAACUGCCUUUCUUUGUUCAACUUGUUAUAAAAGAACAAAAAUCCCUCCGACACCUUAGGAGCCGUAACAGACGCGGGUUUCUGAGCUUGCAGUCCUGCAUCUUGCAUGUCCUUCCGUCCCAUGCUUAACGCUCAUAUUUGCUUUCCCCUCCGCCAAGCUGGCAGACCAGAUGGGAAGAACAAAAUGCUGUGUUGUAAACCUCUAACUGGUAAGCUUAGCGGAAGGAGGGGCAUGAAGGGGAUGAGCCAGAAAAGCAAAUAGUUUUAUUGGGACUACUGACCUGACUGCGGUAGCCAAGCGUGUAUUUUAGUGGUGCCUGGAGAACAAAGCGGCAGGCCGUGCGGUCCUGGAGCCCUGCUCGCACCUCUGCAGUUGACCCUAAGGAUGGAACACAUCGACACUGCGUUGGUACAAAGCAACAAUUUUCCAAGCAGAGACAGAUGCUGUGCUUUUCUUUCUAACCAACUGGUGUAACAGCUUCUUUCUGGAGCAUUCCUUGAAAGGCAGAGACAAUUAUUGAACUGAGCAAUAGGAAAAGGGAAUGGGUAACUGCCAAGGAUGCAUACAUCAAGCGGUAACCGCGAGGAACGUUUACUCAUAAAAGAAUGCUGGCUGGCGUGUGGGAUAACUGUUGAUCUUCAGUAACAGAGUCCCUUUAAUUCCCAACAGAUUCAAAGAUCACAAACAACUGUCCUGUAAAAACAAGGAGGGGAAAACAACCCCUGUCGGCAACAAUGAGUUGAGGGGGAAGAACAGAUGCGGGUGACGCAUCUGAGGUGCAAACGAUGGAACGCAGUGGCUGCCGGAUCCCGCCGAGGUUACCAGGUAGAAAUGUCGGGAGCGCUGCCUCAGAGGCAUGAAUGUUGGGGCGACCUUUGUAGGCGCUGCUUUUUAAGAACUGUCUAGUUCCAACCUCGGGAGGAUCCAGAAACCCCUGCCUUACACCAAGGCAGUUAGCCGGUAUUUUCACUUCUGUAAGCUUCCGGGAAGAGUUAUGGGAAUCCGCCUGCUACGCUUCACUUCUGUGGUGAUCAUUGUCUUGCUUCUGGUGGCAGGUGCUUUAACAGCUUUGCUUCCCAACAUCAAAGAUGACAAAAUGCCCAAUUUGAGAAGGGAACCAAAAACCCAGAGUCAGUCUGCCUUGGAUUCAUUUACUCUUAUUAUGCAGACCUAUAAUAGAACUGACUUACUGCUAAAGCUUUUAAAUCACUACCAAGCCAUCCCCCACCUACAUAAGGUAAUUGUGGUGUGGAACAACAUUGGUGAGAAGACACCAGAGGAGAUGUGGAAUUCCUUGGGGCCUCAUCCUGUCCCUGUUGUCUUUAAAGUUCAAACUGUAAAUCGCAUGAGGAACAGACUCCAGAAUUUCCCUGAGCUGGAAACAAAAGCUGUUUUAAUGAUGGAUGAUGAUACACUAGUCAGUGCUCAUGACCUUGCUUUUGCCUUUUCUGUUUGGCAGCAAUUUCCAAAGCAUAUAGUGGGAUUUGUUCCUAGAAAGCACAUUUCUACUCCUUCGGGUGUAUACAGUUAUGGCAGCUUCGAAUUGCAGAACCCUGGAUUUGGAAACGGAGAUCAGUAUUCUAUGGUUCUUAUCGGCGCAGCAUUUUUUCACAGUGGGUAUUUAGAAGACUUUCAAAGACAGCCAGAAGCUGUUUACGCCUUAAUAGAUGAAACUCAAAAUUGUGAUGAUAUUGCCAUGAAUUUUCUGGUAGCCAAGCAUACUGGAAAGCCUUCAGGAGUGUUUGUGAAGCCUGUUGAUAUAAGAAAUUUAGAAAAAGACACUAACAGUGGCUAUUCUGGAAUGUGGCACCGAGCGGAGCAUUUGUUACAGAGGUCUUACUGUGUAAAUAAACUGGUUAAUAUUUAUGAUGGCAUGCCUUUAAAAUAUUCUAAUAUCAUGAUUUCUCAGUUUGGUUUUCCUAAUUAUGCCAAUCACAAAAAUAAAAUGUAAGCCAAUGAAUUUAAGGGGUUAGAUGUUAAACAAUACUCAGUGAAUUGGACUGAGUUCAAGGAGGGAAGAAGGUGUAAUUACUGCAUCUUGGCAAUCCUUAUUUGUAGCCUCUGGAUUUUUUCCAUUUGGCUUUUUAUGUAUAUUUUUUUUUUCCUUACUAAUUCUCCAAGGUAAGUUUUGAGAAAACUUAAAGAAUAUAUACUAAUGUUUAGCUGUGAUAAAAUCAUCCUCUUUCCUUAAAACCUGAAAAGCUAUUACAAUUCAUUAGGCCAGUUCUUCAGAAACACGCAGACAAAAAUGCACUCCUACCCUUCAGUGCUUAGGUUUUGAUUUUAUUUUUUUUUAAUACAUGUAUCUGGGCAAAUGAGGUCUAGGCAUAUUUUUGAUAGUUGUAUGUCGAGAUGCUUCCUUGCCUUCCCCCUCCUCUCCUACCCAGUUCCCAGUGAAACUGUGGAGGGGCUACAGUAAACUGUUGGCCAGGCUUCUAAACUCCUGUACAGAACCCCUGUGAAGUUUGUAUAUAAGCUAUUCUGUAUUUGGGGAUGUUUCUGAAGCUGCUGUGAAAGCAAGCCAGAAAAGGGUACCUCACCUUGAUCUCAGAUAGUCCUAAAUCCAUUGCCUACAAUACCUGCUACUGCUGAGAUCGUGCAAAAUGAUCUCUGACCUGGCUUUUUCUCCCAUUAUUAAUUUGCCUAGAGUUGCUGAAACACUGCAAGCAGCUGAAAGGUAAAACCUAACAGUUGGAAAUGUAAGAAACGUGAAUACAUGGAAUACGAAACUUAUAUAAGCAGCCAGAAGAAACGGGUGGGAUAUCACUUAUUAAUAAUCUCUUUAGUACUUAAUUUUAUUUUGAUGUCUUGCAUGUACAUUGUUACAAAACUGUGCCCAAUAAAAUCCUCGCUUAUUUUUAAAAAUGUCUUAUUUACAAUUCCUAGUAAGAGCAAGCUGUUCUACAUUUAUUACAGAGUGUACAUUUUGUAAUACUACGGGUCUACUGUUUUUUAACUACUCUUUCAAACGAGUCUGUACUUUUUGGUUCCUUUCAUCUCUCUCUUUGAUGGAGAUGCAAUGAAUGGGUAAAGCAUUAUAAAAAGAAGCAUUUUAAGGUACAGUGAUAUUUGACAGGGCUGGGCUAUUAUCAGUCUCUGAGUUCCCUGGCUUCAUCUAUAGCAAGAAACAGAGCUAUUGUUAACAGCUUUUGUUAGAUUGGGACUCUGUAGUUCUGGAAACAUUGUGUUAAUGUGGACAGGACAAACCUUUUCCAUUGCUGCUCCAGAACUUUUUUGUGGUACAGGGGAAGGAACAAAAGACAGUGAUUUUCCUGGAUCGUGGAGAAGAAUCAAAUCUGGCAUCCAAAGUAGAAUCGGUUUCAUCUGCAUCAGCUUUUAAUUGAUUCUUAGUGUCAGUUCAAAGGUAAUGAACGGCGUUUUUCACAGCUAAUACCUAGGGCAGAAGUAGCAUCUGCACAAAUGGUGUAUAAUUUUAUCAUUUUUUGUAUUAAGUUAGCUGAGCAAAAAGUGGUUGAAAAAUGUGACAAGCUCUUUACAGCAGGGCUGAUUCUGGGUGUGAGUCUUUGGGGGAACGGAGGAUUCUUUUGCCUUGUUCUGUCAGCGCUAAAGGAUUUGGUUUCUGUUCAGUGAAGUCUUCCUAGUACUUUUGCAAGAUUUAAAGGGCAAAAUCCUAAAAUGGCGAUGUAAAAUCUGCUCAAUUUUGUUGUAAUAGUGAAAAGUAGCUUUUAAUUAUUGUGCCGUAGUGAUAAGUAGUAUACAAACUGGUCUAUGAUCUUCCCAGAAAUGCAACUUUCCUGGUAGUAGCUCACUGCAUUUCAUUUCCCUACCGGUCUUUUGUACUUUCUGUUCUGUGCAGUAUCAACUAGUAUUGUGAAGACUCACAGAUGUUGUUUACCUUACUUUUAAAAUGUGAAAUGAACUGUCAACUCAGCCAAACCCUAGUAUUGGGUUCUUUGUUGGGGGGAAGGAGUUGCUUUGCAUUGGUUUUUUUAUUUGUGUUCUGUAUCAGUGAAAGAAUUAA